AGACUAUCCGGGAAGUAAAUGGAAAUUACCAUUGCUAUAGUGGAUUAUCAAAUGGUUGUUAGAUAUUCUUUCAUUCACCAACAAGUGUGCCAUUCACAUUGAAGGCUAUCCUCGACACACACUAUUGUGUGUGUGUGUUUACACCUGUAACUACGAGCUGGUUAUUUCUUAUGGCAGCCCCAACACCGGAAGAUAUACGGCUGCAAUUCAGGGAUGCGACAACCAGUAACCGCGAGGAGCAUCUAAUUGCUAAUAUGGAAAGGCUGGUCAGAAAUUUGGAUUACACGGCGAGUCUGUUUGGAGACUUAAAUGUGGCAUUGAACGCUGUGAACAAGUGUGAAAAAAAGGCAUCUAAAGUGAUGAACGCUUCCGUUCUGGAUGAGCUGACUAAAUUAAAGAGUAUAGUGGGAGAAAUUAAAAUAAUCAUUUCACACCUGGAGUCUGGGCGGCAAUACAUCGUCUGUAAUACACAAGGUGACGACUCUGCUCCAGCAAUUAAUGAGUCGGAGCAAGCGGAAAUGAGAAACAGCUGCCACAUAGUGGAGAAUCUAAAACGUGACGUCAGCCAUCACCGUAAAGAAUUCGAUGAUAUAAAAAACAGCUUCCUGUCCGAUAAUCAAGUGUACAAUGUACACGGCAGGGUGGGGAACGGAGAUGUCUUGGAGAAGUUAGACAGUCUGGUAUCGCUAUGUGACGUCAUCACAAGUUCGUUUAGAAAGCACCUGGAGUCCCAUACAGAUACAUCUCGAGACAGUGGACUCGGGAACUCUGUCAACAGCGCAGUGUUUUAUGAAACGGACGCUUAGAAAAACAUUAUGGAACUUCAAAGGUAUGAUAGGGAAACAGGUAUUUCUAGCUCUAGCCUUCAAAAUGGCGAUUGGAAUCUAUUGAAGCCAGAAGUCCACUUACCCGUAAGUUCCUUAACAAUCUAAAGGAAACUGCAGCAUAGAUCUUCUACUCAUCAGAAAGCAAUAUAUUUAUCUGGAAUUACGGCUAUACUUCAUUCUGUGUAUGAUUACUGUGUCAGUACAUUGUCUAAAUGAUUAGUACUGACCACAGUGCCUAAUUUAUUUCUGUAUAUAAUUUUUGUAAUAAAAGCAUAUCUAACCCUUUUAAAAACAUAACCUCUAAUAAUAGCUCUU